GUGUAACCCCUACUGCAACCGCUCAACCCAAUGUGCGUAUAUAUCCGUUGACUUGCACGGGACGACGAUCAUUGUUGUACGCGCGGUGCUUCUUCGCGAAUCGAACGAGUCGAACGAGCGCCCGGAUAGGUCAACAAUGCAUUUCCGUAUCUCGUCGUCACUGGUUAGCGCGUUCAUUGCAUUGCACGUCGCGUGUCUCGCGGGCAGUAUCGUUGCGCAAGGGCUUCCGCUUUUCUCGUCCCGGCGGAACACCGAUGGUGGCGAUCCCAUUGUUCGGGCUGGAUUCCCGGUGCCCGUGGCUUCGUUGAACCUCGAUGGGGCUUCCACGAAAUCACCACGACCGGACAUCUCGUUAGGCUUAAAUGAAGCUUCUAUUGAUGGAAAACUGCCUCAGUUUGAUGAUUCGUUGAAUUUGAAUGGAUCUUCUGUUGUAGGAAAACUGCCUCAACCCGAGACUUCGUUAAACCUGAAUGAUGCUUCGAUUACGGGAAAAUUACCUGAACCAAAUAUUUCUGUAGAUAUAAAUGGAGCUUCUAUCGAUGGAAAACUGCCUCAGCUUGAUGCCUCGUUAAAUCUGAAUGGAGCUUCGAUUACGGGAAAAUUACCUGAACCAAAUAUUGCUGUAGAUGUAAGUGGAGCUUCCAUCGUUGGAAAACUGCUUCAGCCCGGGGGAUCAUUGGACAUUAAUGAAUCUUUGAUUACGGGAAAGUUACUUGAACAAAAUAUUUCUGUAGAUAUAAAUGGGGCUCCUAUCGUUAGAAAACUGCCUCAGCUUGAGGGAUCAUUGGACCUAAAUAGAGCUUCGAUUAUAGAAAAUUUACCACGACCAAAUAUUUCUGUAGACUUAAAUGAAUCUUCUAUCGGUGGAAAACUGUCCGAGCUUGAUGCCUCGUUAAAUCUGGAUGGAGCUUUGACUACGGGAAAAUUACCUGAAUCAAAUAUUUCUGUAGAUUUAAGUGGAGUUUCUGUUUCUGAAAAAAUACCCCAGCCCGACGUACCAUUAGACGUGAACAGCGAAUCAACAACCGAAACUAUUAUUCCAGAUGAUUCUUCCUCAAAACAGAAUGGAACCACAAGCUUCCACAACGAACCGAUCAAAGCAUCGUACGACGUGCAGGAUAGUGUGGUGUCUACAGAAGAUGCACAGCCUGAAAUAUUUUCUAGCACUACCCAAACAACGGUGACCCAAUGGGUACAGAAAAUUCCAUCACCCAAAAACCUAAAACCACCCGCAGACAACGUCACUACCGUAGAGUAUACUGGAUCGCCUAUGUUGCUCGGUCAAACAAUCGCAAACAUUUUGUACGGAACUCCCUGGUCGUCGUCACAAACCAAUUCAAAAUGCUCAAACGAUAUGAAAUUAUAUAACUCACACAAGCAAAAAUCUACUUUAUGGGCAGUUAAAAUGUUAGAUGCUACAUCAAAAGGACCUGAAGGAAUUCUAGACGGAAAUAUAUACACGAUCAUUGUUGUACGCGCGGUGCUUCUUCGCGAAUCGAACGAGUCGAACGAGCGCCCGGAUAGGUCAACAAUGCAUUUCCGUAUCUCGUCGUCACUGGUUAGCGCGUUCAUUGCAUUGCACGUCGCGUGUCUCGCGGGCAGUAUCGUUGCGCAAGGGCUUCCGCUUUUCUCGUCCCGGCGGAACACCGAUGGUGGCGAUCCCAUUGUUCGGGCUGGAUUCCCGGUGCCCGUGGCUUCGUUGAACCUCGAUGGGGCUUCCACGAAAUCACCACGACCGGACAUCUCGUUAGGCUUAAAUGAAGCUUCUAUUGAUGGAAAACUGCCUCAGUUUGAUGAUUCGUUGAAUUUGAAUGGAUCUUCUGUUGUAGGAAAACUGCCUCAACCCGAGACUUCGUUAAACCUGAAUGAUGCUUCGAUUACGGGAAAAUUACCUGAACCAAAUAUUUCUGUAGAUAUAAAUGGAGCUUCUAUCGAUGAAAAACUGCCUCAGCUUGAUGCCUCGUUGAAUCUGAAUGGAGUUUCUGUUGUAGGAAAACUGCCUCAACUCGAGACUUCGUUAAACCUGAAUGAUGCUUCGAUUACAGGAAAAUUACCUGAACCAAAUAUUGCUAUAGAUGUAAGUGGCGCUUCUAUCGUUGGAAAACUACCUCAGCCCGGGGGAUCAUUGGACAUUAAUGGAUCUUUGAUUACGGGAGAGUUACCUGAACAAAAUAGUUCUGUAGAUAUAAAUGGAACUUCUAUCGAUGGAAAACUGCCUCAGCUUGAUGCCUCGUUAAAUCUGAAUGGAGCUUCGAUUACGGGAAAAUUACCUGAACCAAAUAUUGCUGUAGAUGUAAGUGGAGCUUCCAUCGUUGGAAAACUGCUUCAGCCCGGGGGAUCAUUGGACAUUAAUGAAUCUUUGAUUACGGGAAAGUUACUUGAACAAAAUAUUUCUGUAGAUAUAAAUGGGGCUCCUAUCGUUAGAAAACUGCCUCAGCUUGAGGGAUCAUUGGACCUAAAUAGAGCUUCGAUUAUAGAAAAUUUACCACGACCAAAUAUUUCUGUAGACUUAAAUGAAUCUUCUAUCGGUGGAAAACUGUCCGAGCUUGAUGCCUCGUUAAAUCUGGAUGGAGCUUUGACUACGGGAAAAUUACCUGAAUCAAAUAUUUCUGUAGAUUUAAGUGGAGUUUCUGUUUCUGAAAAAAUACCCCAGCCCGACGUACCAUUAGACGUGAACAGCGAAUCAACAACCGAAACUAUUAUUCCAGAUGAUUCUUCCUCAAAACAGAAUGGAACCACAAGCUUCCACAACGAACCGAUCAAAGCAUCGUACGACGUGCAGGAUAGUGUGGUGUCUACAGAAGAUGCACAGCCUGAAAUAUUUUCUAGCACUACCCAAACAACGGUGACCCAAUGGGUACAGAAAAUUCCAUCACCCAAAAACCUAAAACCACCCGCAGACAACGUCACUACCGUAGAGUAUACUGGAUCGCCUAUGUUGCUCGGUCAAACAAUCGCAAACAUUUUGUACGGAACUCCCUGGUCGUCGUCACAAACCAAUUCAAAAUGCUCAAACGAUAUGAAAUUAUAUAACUCACACAAGCAAAAAUCUACUUUAUGGGCAGUUAAAAUGUUAGAUGCUACAUCAAAAGGACCUGAAGGAAUUCUAGACGGAAAUAUAUACAGUUUUGGGAACUUCGAACAAUGUAUCAAUACUAAAUCAAAAAAUCUCGAUAUAAGUGGUGGUUACAGCUUGGUUGAUUUAGAUUUUCGACCGUUCGUUCACCUAUACCCAGGAUAUUACGAUAACAAUCACUCAAAAGAUUACGAUCCACUUGAUGAAGAUGCGUCAGCCUGGGAAGGAAUUAAACACAACGUACAGGAAGACUAUAUUCAAAGGCACAAGUUUCAAUGGGCCGUAUGUUUACCCGACACUUGCGAGUCUGAAGACGUGCAAAAGAUCGUAAGCAACGUACUCAUACCCGAGUUGAACCGUCACGGGCUCGAAGCCAAUGUGACCAUAGAUCCAAUGUUGCAUACUUCCAAUAAAAAUCUCUACAAAUAUACGGCAGGAUUUUAUAUCGUCUGUGCUUUGUACGUGGCAGUUACCAUGCUCGUGUUUGCGGGUACACUGUAUGACUUGAUUUACUUGCAAUACCGACCGAAAUCGGAACACGGACCGAUGAAAAAAAUUAUGAAACCGUUUUCACUCAUAUCGAACAUUGAACGACUAUUGAAACCUUCGGAGAGUGAAGAAUUCUCGAUAAUCAACGGGCUCAAGGUAUGCGCCAUUCUACAAGUAAUCGUAGGUCACAGGUGGUUUUUGGAGUUCGGCAAUCCGCAAAUGAAUCCCGAUUUCGCUCACUGGGUGAUCCACAACUUCUGGUUCGGCUACUUCAAGUGUUCCAUAUUUUUGGAAACAUUUUUCGUGAUCAGUGGAUUCUUAACGUUUUACAUUAUCACGAAACAAUUGAUCGAAAGGAAAACGUUAAACUUCAUGCCCAUCAUGAUUUACAGAUGGCUGAGGAUAUUCCCUGUAUACGGAACUCUUAUAGUGACGUAUAUUUUCAUACUUCCGUACAUUAAUGACGGUCCGUAUUGGAGAAAGCUGAUAUACAGAGAAUCCGAAAGAUGUCAAACUAAUUGGUGGACGAACGUGCUGUACAUCAACAAUUACGUGCACACGGAUGAAUUGUGCGUCAUUCCGUCGUGGUACUUGACGUGCGACAUGCACUUCUUCGUCGUUGGCACGCUACUCACCUACGCCAUUUGGAAGUGGAGGAAACCGGGACUGGUUCUGCUUGGAACGUGUCUGGCCUUGUCGACGGUCGUUCCUGCAUACAUUAUCAUGAACGAACAACAUCGAGGUACACCGGCCAUCGAUCCGCAGAGUCUACAAGAUCUCAGUAAAGAAAGAUUCUAUACUAAGGUUUACAUAAAAAGUCACAUGAGAGCUAUGACUUACUUUGUUGGAAUCUUAGCUGGUUACAUCUACAUGCAAUUAAAGGAAGCCGAUUACAAACUAUCAUUGAAAAGUCGUAUUUUUUGGGCUCCAACUGUCCUCUUGACGGGAAAUAUCAUCUACUUGAGUUCCGGGUUAUUCUUCCGGUUGGGACAUUCAUACGUGAAUUACGAACACGCGAUUUAUUUCAUAGUUGGCAGACUCGUGUGGUCAAUACUGAUAUCUUACGCGAUUAUUGGUCACGGACUGUCAGGAUUUGGCGUAUGUAUAAGCGGAUUUUUGGGUCAUCGAGUUUUUCAAGUAUUGGGCAAAUUGGUGUUUUGCAUCUAUAUGUUCCAAGAAAUUUCUCAACUACAGACAGUUAACUCCAUGAAAACGCCGACGUAUCAAAGUUUGACAAUGAUGACAUGGAGGUUUUGUGGUGACGUCUUUAAUGCCCUCUUGUAUGGUUUCGCUAUAAAUGUAAUGAUCGAAUCACCCUUCGACAGACUUCAAAAGAACGUUAUGAGAAUAUUUGUUGGAGAUGCAUUUUCAAAACCGAAAACACAACUCUCAAAUAAUGAUAACAUUAAAAACAGAUCUGAAAGAUUCACUGCGUAAUCUGAAUUCAAAAGGGCAUUACUAACUCGCUACCACCUUAAGAUGGUAAACUAUUCCUCAGAUGAAAAUAUUGUAUAAUUAUGAAUUAUGAUGUAUGUUACCCUCCCUACGUUUUGUAUGCCAUUAUGGAAAAUUAAGACUUAUCAAUGUACAUAAAA